UGGAUGAUUUCACUUUCUUGCCUCAGGCACCCAACCAAUUCCCUCGAAAGCUCGGAUCACCUCUUCAAGGCUGCCAAGCACCAGACCCACCUUCAAAUUCACUGACUAAUCAGUCCAAAUGCAACCUUGCAUUGCAGCAAACCGGGGGGGUCCAACUCCAGUAGCCAGCAACCUGAACACUUUCGCGAUCAACCCAGGCAAAACUUCGACUCGCUCCAGAACCACAUCCACAACCAUUGACGGCCAGAAACUGCCAUUUUCACGCGUCUCUACCCCAGAGCGUCUCCAUAGAAGCCAAAAAUAAUCAUAUUCCUACCGAAUUCCACCUUCCUCCGCGCGUUCAACACCCCAAAGCCUUGACCCACGAAUCGAACUCAACUUUUUUGUUUUUUGUUUUUGCGUGUUUUGCGGCGCGGCGCAUAUAAAACCGAGAUAUAUUCCCUGCGAGAUACCAGUCGGUAGUGAUUGUUCCCCCCGAACGAUGCGCCGGGUGUUAUAGCCGCCGAAGAUCGGAAUCAUCACGCAAAAGACCGAGGUGACCUGGCUGGCUGGCAUGCGCCGCGGGUUGUGAAUACAACUUGGCGGGCGUGGGCUUCACCGAGAUCCCUUGUUUAGGGGAAGCAGGAGCCUGAGAUCAACCGAGGGGAAUAAAUAAGAGACGGGAUCAUAAUGGCCGAGGCUCAGCUCAUGCAGGAGCAGCUACAACUGAGCGUCAUGCAGUCAGAGCGUGAGGCUGAAUUCGCCGCAGAUGGGGAUGUGAUCAUGGGGGAGGAUAUCAGUGCGGCCGCUUCUCAGAGUCAGAUUGACGUUGGGAGUCUGGCGGGUGAGCAUUACGAGGAUGCGGAGAUGGAUAUGGAUGCCGAUGGGGAGCCUGACGACGGCGGGGAGGAACACGACGAUCACAGCAGUGCCCAACACAGCGACUCGGAGCAGGAAGAGGAUGGGGUUUUCGAGGAGGAUGCCGAGGAGGAAGAGGAUAAUGAGAUUGUUCCUGCCAGAGGCCGUCAGUCGCGACGAGGGAGCAAGGGGAGGACAACAAGGGAUGAGGAUGCUGAAGAGGACGAGGACGAGGAAGAUGAUGAGGGUGUCGGGGCGGUCAAGAUCAAGCCUGGCGAGACAGAUGAUGAGUCGGAUAGUGCCCACUCUGCGGAUUCUGCCAGUGUCAGUGACAAUGACUCUGAUGCUGGUGCCGAGGAGGAGUGGGAGCCCGCGAAUAAUGAUGAAGCGGAGGAGGAUGAGGAUGAGACUGAUGACGGACACUGCAUCUUCUGUAAGCAGAGUGAAGAAAACGAUCCGGCAGAAGAGUUUGAGGUAUAUUUGGCUUGCACCAGGUGUCAGGACAACGCUCACCAACAAUGUGCCCGUGACAGCAAGGCAUUGGAUGGCGAAACGAGUAGGUGGUCUACGAAUACAUCGUAUAGAACCGUGCUGACAACAGCUGCAGGUCCUGAGAGCUGGAAGUGCCCCAAGUGCGCAGACACUGAAUCAGAAUCCGACGCCCAUAACGAAGAAGAUGUCGAGAUGGAUGGCAUCACUGACACCAGUGCUCCUCCAUCUGCCCGGCGUGCACAUGCGCCAAAACUAGCGAGGGACCUGCUUCCGUCACAAAAGGGCGCUGUCAAGCCAGAAUCACACUCUGUCUUCAACCAACUCGUCCUCGACGAGGAUCCUAUGGACGGAUCGCGCGUGCUUAGAAAGCGGAAAACAUCAUCGAUCGAGCCUGACGAGCACGUUAUGGCCCUGCGAAAGAGGCGUCGGACAACAGAGGAGGCGAGCAACGAGGAAGCCUCAGCCAGCAGGGAAGGAUCAUCUAGACCAGUGUCCCGAUCUUUACGGCUCAAGAUUUUACAGAGCUCCGGUCCUGCUUCUGUCACGAAGAAGACACGGAACAGCAUCAUCGUCAAGAUGCGCGUGAAUGCGGUGGAACUCGCUCGGAUCUCAUCUGAAAAGCCCAAGGGCCUUAAGAAACGACCUAAUAGAUCUAAGAGGUCGGGGAGAUCGGGAAGAUCGGCAAGGCGACCAUCUAGAAAUGACGGGCCUCGCGGUGCUGGGGCGGUCCAAGUCCCAAUAGCCACUCCGUUUACUAGCACGAGCUACUCUCAGCCAUUUUACUCUUUCUACGAUAGGGAGACGGACGAGCUAAAGGGAAAACCAUAUGGUGGCAUCUUGACCGAACCCGAAGCCGACACGUCCAAAACGAUGCCGACACCCGAAGACCGACGUCGCUUCGACGAGGCAAAGCAAAAGGCCGAAGAAGAAUGGAGACAGAGGCUGCUGCAGGUGCAAGCCGAGACUGAAGUGCCGAGCAAAAAGUCUAAGAAGGCGUCGGGCCCGGCCAGCCAGAUCGAGUGCAUCCAGUUUGGAGGCUGGGAGAUCGAUACGUGGUACGCGGCGCCGUAUCCCGAGGAGUACAGCAGGAACCGGAUUCUUUACAUCUGUCAGUUUUGCCUCAAGUACAUGAACUCGGACUAUGUCACCUCGAGGCACAAGCUCAAGUGUCCGGCGAAGCACCCUCCUGGGGAUGAAAUUUACCGGCACGGGUCAAUUUCAGUCUUUGAGGUUGAUGGACGCAAGAAUCCGGUUUACUGCCAAAACCUCUGCCUGCUCGCCAAGCUGUUUUUGGGAUCCAAGACGCUUUACUACGACGUGGAGCCGUUUUUGUUUUAUGUCCUCUGCGAGUAUGAUGAUUUGGGGUAUCAUUUUGUGGGGUACUUUUCAAAGGAGAAGCGGGCGAGCAGUCAGAACAAUGUUUCUUGCAUUCUGACGCUGCCGAUUCACCAGCGGAAGGGGUAUGGGAAUUUGCUGAUUGACUUUUCGUAUCUUUUGACGAGGGUUGAGCAAAAGACGGGGUCACCGGAGAAGCCGCUUUCGGACAUGGGGUUGGUGUCGUAUAGGAAUUAUUGGAGGUUGAUCAUGUGCAAGUAUUUUGUGCAGCAGCGGGAGGAGAAGGGGUUGAGCAUCAAGAAGAUUUCGGAUGAUACAGGGCUGACGGCGGAUGAUGUUGUUUCGGCGUUGGAGGGGUUGAGGUGUUUGGUUAAGGAUCCGGUGACGGGACUUUAUGCGUUUAGAGUUGAUUUGGGGUUUUGUAGGGAGUAUGUGGAGAAGUGGGAGGGGAAGGGGUAUGUGCAGUUGAACGAGAAGGCGCUGACUUGGACGCCGUAUGUGAUGGGGAGGAGCAAUGCGACGAAUUUUGAGCUGGGGCCGGCGUUGACGGCUAUUGCGCCGAGGGAGGAGGAGGACCACCAGGGGCAGAAACCGAUUGUUGCUGGGGACGGUUUGGUCAAUGGGAAUGGGUCGUUUACUACGCAGUCGGAAGCGGGGCCGGGACAAGAUGUCAAGCCGCCGCCGGUUGAAGGUCAUGUUCUUGAGUCUACGGAGUCGUCGACGGGGGAGUCGAAUGGUUCUGCCGAGGUCAAGCCUGCAGAAGAUGCAAACGGGGAGUUGGAGGAUGAACCACAAAGCGAAGAUAACAAGAACUUCCCUGGCUACUACGACGAGAACCCCCAACAGGCCAAAGCCGAUGUGGAAGAAGGCACGCAACAAGAGCAAGACUCCGAACCCAAACAAGAUCCUAGCGGUUGGAUGUCCCAAUACAUUGGCAUUCCUCCCUCUCGAUUCGAAGUCGUCCCACCGCUCAACCCCAGACGAACAGACCGUUCUAGAGCUGUGGUCUCCCGGCCCCCGGUUGUCAGGACGGCAAGCAGCGCUGCGAGGCCAAGGCCAAAACGGUCAGGGGGAAGUGCGAGACGUCCUGCUGCUGCUAGGCCGAGGGCUAGCUCGAGUGCGAAUAAUAAGAGGAAGCCGGGUGGUACGGGCAGGGGGCCGGGAAGGUGGCCCAAGGGGACGAAGAAGAGUGAUUAUGGGAAUGCGGAUAGUGGGCCGGGGUUGCCGCCGGGGUGGAUUGCGGAGCGGCAGAAGGAGGGUGGGGAGGGGGUGAUGGAUACGGUGCAGGUGCAGAGUCCUGGGGGGAAGGGGAAAGAGGAGAUCGAUUUGGUGAUGAGUGAUGUGGUUGUUGAUGGGGGGGCGGGGGAAGGGGAGGAGUGA